ACCACAGUUUAGGUAUAUGAUCACCACAGUCCACUAUCGCCACCAUCAACACAAUAUGUUCUUCAGUAGUUCGUAUUUAAGGGUCAUUAUGGUGUUGAUAAUGACGGCAUUAUCACCUUUGACGACACAAGGUUGUCAGGAGUCACCACCCUGGCAGACCAAUAUUACACUUCCUCUGACGCCCAAGGAAGGUGUGUGGGCGGCCAGUGUGGGCGUGAGACCUGACAACAACAUCUGGACACUAAGCAUCACUGUUUACACCAACAAGAAAAGCAUCAUAAAACUUAUUAUCACUAGUACUAAUGAUACUUUGCAGAAAUUAUCAUGGACAAGAGAUACAGAAACUGAAGAAUUACAGUCACGCUGGCCUCCUUAUACACAUUUUCUUCCUGGCCAGACCUCCAAACUAUUGGUGAUGGUGUCCAGCGCCGAGCUUACACUCCAGUUGUGUACAUCUUCCACUUGUAAAAACAUUACUUUCCCACUGCGUCAUCGUAGCGUCAUCAGUGAAGCAAAUCUCAGUGUUUUCAAAUUAAGUGGCGGCGAAAACUUCAAUAUUUGUCGUUAUCCUGCAAAAGGUUGUCAGGAGUCACCACCCUGGCAGACCAAUAUUACACUUCCUCUGACGCCCAAGGAAGGUGUGUGGGCGGCCAGUGUGGGCGUGAGACCUGACAACAACAUCUGGACACUAAGCAUCACUGUUUACACCAACAAGAAAAGCAUCAUAAAUCUUAUUAUCACUAGUACUGAUACUUGGCAGAAAUUAUCAUGGACAACAGAUACAGAAACUGAAGAAUUACAGUCAUCCUGGCCUCCUCAUACAUAUUUUCUUCCUGGCCAGACCUCCAAACUAUUGGUGAUGGUGUCCAGCACCGAGCUUACACUCCAGUUGUGUACAUCUUCCACUUGUAAAACCAAUACUUGGCUACUGCGUCAUCGUAGCGUCAUCAAUGAAGCAAAUCUCAAUGUUUUCAAAUUAAGUGGCGGCGAAAACUUCAAUUUUUGUCAUUAUCCUGCAGAAGGAGAAGGAACACAGACGCCAGUGACUAACAGCAGUGAUUCGCUCCAGGAUACCGACAGUGACAAUAACGAAGGUAACAACAAUGUUGUGUGGAUGUUCUGUGGUGUCGCCGGAGCCAUCGCUAUGGUGUUGUUGGGACUGAAGUUCGUCAUCAAAGAGAUCAUUAUCAAAACACACAGGCAGCAAGAGAACCUACAGUGUUCUGCCUCCAACAUCAUGCACACACCUGCACCUACAUCUCCCGAAGCAUCUCCUUCAACACCUGGGUUAGGCACUGAGAGUCAAGUCUUGCAUCUUGGAUCACUGGGCAUCAGAACCAUCCUCUCAGAAUCACCUUGUGCACCUCGGUGUUGUGUAUUAAAUGACCGUUUGCUUCUACAGUACAAAGCGGUCCGGUUUCUACCUGAAUUUGAUGGUGCUGGAGAGAGCAAUGAUGUAAAUAUUAGUAGUGGGAAUUUAAGCACAACGGUACGAUGUGGAAAUUUUGAAUACAGAACACUUCCAAGGAAGACUGAUGUGCAGCCAUCAGCAACCAAGGUGCAGAUACGCUCUUCUCUCGAUGACCAUGUAUAUGAGAGUGUUACAGACUAUGAAGUAUCACCUGGUAGCCACACUAGCAACAACAGCAUUUAUGAUUCAUAUGACUCAUUCUGUCAACAAACUUGAUGAGGGAGACUGUCAGAGAAUGUGAUCAUGAACAGAAUUCUCCAGUGAAGGUAAUCUUAGUCUGUACGGGUGUAGCGCUCUUCCAUGAUUAUAAUAACAAUCUUUGAAAUUGUUAUGAGUUAUAGUGUGGUUCCCUGCUGAACUAUAUAAGUUACUGUGAUAAUUAUUUCGUACUCUUAUUACUGCCGUGUUUUAUCAAGUCUUCAUGCACAGCAAUAUAUUAUAUUAAUCAACAUACAAUGUGUCCAGUUUCAAAUAUAAACUACAGUUUAUAGAAUAUAAUCUAGAGUACAUAGAAUAUAGAAACAACUUUUAUUAUUUAGCAAUGGAUAAUAUUAAAUUGGGUUUAAUAUGAAGGACCCCAAUGGAAAUAAGUCACUUUGUCUGGCUUUUUUGGGUUAUCCUAGAUUCCCUAUGCAUAUGCUGCUAUGUAUGAUAAUCUGUGCAAUUGUAUUUGUGUAUGCCUGAAUAAACUUACUUAUUAACUUAAUGUAAAAUUUGUCUGUUCAUUCCACACUACUUUACCUUCCACCCAUAUACUUUUUGUUUUUGGGGGCAAUGUUUGUUGUAGAGGCAUUGGGCUUUUUUAGAAAAUUAUUUAUACAUUCAUUUAUGUCUGUAUAUGUUUCGAGCUCAUUUUGCCAAUCGAUGUUAUUCAUAGCUGCUAUAAAGUUGUUAACAGCUGUCUUGUCAUGUACUCUGAAGGUUGCUUUAAUAAUGUCUUGUGGCAAUUUGCCCAGAUUAGUUAUGAGAAAGGUUGGGUAGUGGUCUGUAGUGUUGUCUGUGAUUAUGCCUGAUUUUAAAGGGGAUAUGGCAUUUGUCCAAAUGUGGUCUAUUAAGGAGAUAUUUGUCUCGGUGAUUCUUGUAGGUUUAGAUAUUGCUGGUAGCAACAGGCAGUUGCUUAUAGUGUUUGUGAAUUCGGUUACUUGUGGGUCCUGGUCGUAUAGUAUGUUUAUGUUGAAAUCACCUGUUAGUAGCAGGUGGUCUUUAUUCAUGUGUGCAUCAGUAAUCAUGUUUCCUAGUUUGUAACUAAAGUGGUAAAUGUUUGACUGUGGUACUCUGUAGAUGUUUAUAACUGUGAGGGGCUUUUUGCAGGUCUUUUGAUUUAAAUUUGGCUAUGAUAUAUUCUCCAUGUUCAUCCCUUGUGCAAGAUUUAUUGAUACAUUCGAGUUGAUUUGAGUAGUAUAUAGCUGUUCCUCCCCCUUGCUGGUCUGUUCUACAGUUGUGUAUGGACAUGUAGCCAGGAAUGGUAUAGAAAUCUGUAAUAUCAGGCUUAAGCCAGGUUUCUGUGAGUGUGAUGAUUGAUAUAUUGGAAUGAAGGGAAUUGAGUAAUGCUGUGAGGUCGUCAUAAUGUUUGCUCAAGGAUCUGACAUUGUAGUUAAAGAUGGUUAUGUUAUUGUUUGCACUGAGUAAUGUCUUUGCUUGGUCUGCUGUGUAGUAAUUACAGUUACUGGUUGAUUCAUGUAAUUCAUUUUGUAAAAAGUUUACAUCAGGAUCUAUGUCUGUAGUCAUAAGAUGAGAGUAAUUUUACAAACUAGAUUUUCUGAGUAAAAUAAUAUAAGAGUUAUACUGAAUCUACAACUAGACUUAGGAAUAAUACUAUGUAAUUAUUCUAAAACUUUUAAAAAUAUAGAACAACUAUGGAUUAUUAUAGAAUAGAUAAUUCAGUUAUACAUUUUGGGAUCUAAAUAGCACCUUAAUUAUUUAAAAAAAUGUGAGCUUAUGAACUACGGUAGAUAUUUACAGCUAAAAUAAAGGAGCUAGUGAAUAUAAUAAUCAAAGAAUGAACUAAAAAAACAAAAACAGUAGCACCUGAGAUAGUCAAUAGCACCUGGAUUAUUUUAAUAAAUGUGACUAUAUGGACAAGAGGGAAAAAUAUUAAAACACCUGAAACUGACCCUUUAAUUGUUAUUAAAACUAAUGAGUAUAGCAGUUACUGAAUAAAGGGCGGUACAAUGUAUUGGUAUAUAGAGAAUUAUUUCAGGAGAAAUGUAAAAAGGGACUAAAUUAAGUAGUGGUAAACAACCUUUAAAGGAUAGAUAGUCACUAUGAUAUGAAAUUAACCUGAGAGUAAGAUUUGACUUAUAGCAUAAAGUUUGAGCAAUUAAUAUCACAAAAGCGAGCGGCCCAUGUCCUUUCGCAUGCUAUUAUCACUAGAAACUAGCACUUUCCCGACACUACUCGAGACAGCAAGGGUUACACCAAUACAUAAAGGUGGUGACCCUACAGACGUAAACAGCUAUAGGCCAAUAUCAAGCUCACCAUUGCUAUCCAAAAUCUUCG